AUGUUAAACCAUGUAAACAAAUCACAAUAAAAUCAAAAUCUCAAGAUAUUUUAUCAGUUCCUUUAGAUACAAUACCUUUGCAGGGGUCAAAAUUUCAUACACUUGCAGCCAGAAAACUUAUUCAAGAAAUUGAGGAUGGCAAUUAUUAUCCUAUUUACACAAAUAACAAAAAUUUUAUUGCAAUUGAUUCGUAUAAUAUUGAAGAUCAUGAAAAAAGGGAAGAAUUUGAGAAAAAAAUGGCUAUAGAGAAAUAUAAAAAAUUUGAUCAUGAAGAAAAAUUAAUUAUAGAGCUUGAAAAGCAAAAAAAAAUUGAAAAUAAAAAAGACAUCGAACUUAAAAAAAAAUCUGUGAAAAAAAUAAUAAUGGAAUUUGAGAAAGAAGCUGAAAAUCAAAAUGCUAUAAAACUUGAAAAAAAAGAAUGUGAAAAAGCAAUUAUUGAAAAAUGUAAAGAGCUUGAAAAACAAAAAAAAAUGGAAUUAAAAAAAGAACAACUCAAAAAAGAAAAAACAAUAGUGCUUAAAAAACAGAAAACCAUUCAAAUUAAGUCAUCGUCAUAUCUUGCAACUGUUAUUAACCUUUCAUAUCUUAAAAAAGUUGAAAAACUUAAAAAGAAACCUGCAAGCAUUACUAUUGGUUACUUGAAACUUGCAGCACCAAAUAAUUAUAAUUGGAAAGAUAAAUAUGAUAAAGGUCGUGAAUAUCUUUCUAAACAAAUUGGAGACGCAUAUGCUGAAAAAGAACUUUUAGAUUGUACAGACAAUUAUGUAGUUGAAAAUUAUACAAAGAAGGUGAUUAAGGACAAAAAGAGAAUGGCAGUAGCUACUAUUCAAGUCUCAACCACUCCUGAAAAAUGCGAUGACAUAAUAUCUAAUCAAAAUGAUGAUGGAAGUUUUGAAAUCAGUGAAACUAUCUGCGAAGAAUUAGAGUCAUCAGAAUUUCCUUUGGGUGAUUUUUAUAUAAAAUCAGCAUCCGGUGUUUUCACAUCCACACCAGCACAAAAUUUGGUAGUAGAUAUUAAACGCAAUUUAUUCGUGCCUUGGGGUGCUAUCAAGGAUGGAACGAAAGCUAUUAUAGCUCAUCAAAAAAGCGAUAUUGAUCAAGAUGAUCAUCAACUUUGGCGUCAUGAAGAUGGUUGGCUAAUUAACAAACAAACAAAUUUAUGUCUAGAAGUGGAUGAGGCGAAAGCAGGAAUUUGUCUCAGUGUUCACCAUAAGAGAAACCUAAAUAAGGCUAAUAAUCAACGUUGGAUCCUUACCCCUGAAGGGCAUAUUGCAUUAAAAAGCAAUCCCAAAUUCGUUAUCGAGGUUCUCCGUAAAGGAGCAGCUGUGAAAGAUAGAUCUUGUCUUACUCUCACAAAUACAAAGUCGAAAAACUUUAAAGAUGGCCCGAACUCUAAAUUUGUUAUUAUUCAUAAGAAACAUCUUGAUGGUGCUUUUAUUGGCGUGAUUCGAAUGGAAUUAGUAAGUGCUAAAGACCUUAAAAGUAUCGAUCCUUCCCUUGCUGGAGAAAAAUCUUAUGUUCGAAUUUUUGAUGAGGAUAAUAAAAUUAUUGCCCAAACUAAAUUCAUCGAUAAUAAUUUGAAUCCAAUUUGGAAUGAAGUUCAUUACCUUCCGGUUAAGAAUAUUGGUGAAAAAUUUCUUUUAGAUGUGAUAGGCUAUAAUACUCAUACGAAAGAUAAAUCGCUUGGAAUCUAUCACUUUGCAGUUACUCGAGAUUUCAUCAAAAAAAUUUCCAAUGGUACACAAAAUGGCAUCGAUAUGUGGGCAAAACUUUCAACUAAGGGUCAAAUUUUUUAUAGAGCGAAGUUCUUCUCUCUGGAACCUCUUCCUCAACAAACUCCUGAAUUUCUAAAGAAAAAUUCUUUUAAUUUAUCAACUUUAUAUCUAAUUAUCACUUUACAAACACUAGAUGGAAGUUUUCCACCUUCAAACACAUUAGCCAAAUUGUUUGGUUAUGAAUCACUAGGGGAACUCAUAAAUUUAUACAAAUCUCAUUGUUGUGAAGAUCGUGUUUUAAUGAUUAAUCAAACAGUAUGGACAACUAGUAUGGUCUCAUGGUUCUUGCAAUCUAUGUUAAAAGAAUAUCGAAAUGAAUGGAUUGGUGUUUAUGAACGUGCCGAACAAUAUAUUAGUAAAGAAAUUAAUUAUAACUUAGAAAUCGAAAAAGUUGUGGUCACUACUGGCAAGAAGGCCGUUCAUGAGAGAUUUGAGAUUAAAUAA